AUGGGCGACCUGGACCGGGCGAUCGAGCAGCUGCGGGCCUGCCGCCUGAUCCCCGAAAGCCAAGUUCGCGAACUGUGCUACAAAGCGCGCGAGCUCCUGAUCGAAGAAGGCAAUGUCGUCUCCGUCGACGCGCCCGUCACCAUCUGCGGUGACAUCCACGGCCAGUUCCACGACCUGAUGGAACUAUUCCGCGUCGGCGGCGACGUCCCCGACACAAACUAUCUAUUCAUGGGCGACUUUGUCGACCGAGGCUUCUACUCUCUCGAAUCCUUCCUCUUACUACUCUGCCUGAAAGUCCGAUACCCCGACCGCAUGACCCUGAUCCGCGGCAACCACGAGUCACGCCAAAUCACAACCGUAUACGGCUUCUACGAUGAAUGUAUCCGGAAAUACGGUAGCGCCAAUGUCUGGCGCUACUGCUGCGAGGUCUUCGAUUACCUGGCCCUGGGCGCGAUCGUCCUCGGCGCGAGCUCAGAGCUCGAACCCACCGCAUCUAACAUCCCACAAUCCUCAAUGCCCAUCGACGACAGCGAGCUAGAAACAGAAGUGCUCAACUCUAGAGGCGAGGUUACCGGAAGUACUUACCGCCCCCGCCAGCGUUCUUCCUCCGACGCAUCUACAGACUCCCGAAACAUUUCCCCGCCACGCGACAUCUCCGCCGCUCCAGGUCAAGCUGGCGCGCCGUCGCGAACAGGUGCUCCAGGGACAGGUGCAAGUAGCGAUGGAAAUGGAAGUGCCACGACCAGCCAGACCGGCGCGGUACUUUGCGUGCACGGUGGACUAUCACCGCUCAUCGACUCCGUCGACAAGAUUCGAUUGAUCGAUCGCAAGCAAGAAGUGCCGCAUGAAGGUGCCAUGUGUGAUCUUCUCUGGUCUGACCCGGAUGAGAUCGAAGGUUGGGGUCUGAGUCCUCGUGGAGCUGGCUUCCUCUUUGGUGGUGAUAUUGUUAAGCAAUUCAACCAUCUCAACGGACUCUCUCUUGUUGCGCGUGCCCACCAGCUUGUCAUGGAGGGUUAUAAGGAGAUGUUUGAUGGUGGUAUCGUGACUGUUUGGUCUGCGCCGAACUACUGCUACCGAUGCGGUAACGUUGCUGCUAUCCUCGAACUUGGCGAAGACGCUAGCGGUGGCGGAACUGUUGCUCGCAGUAACGGUGAAUAUGGCCGGAGCAAUGGACUCGCUGCGCAGAAUAGAGUAGUCAGUCCUGGAAGGAGGUACCGUGUCUUUGAGGCUGCGGCACAGGACACAAGGGGUAUGCCUGCAAAGAAACCCGUCGCUGAUUAUUUCUUGUGA